AUGGCGCCCUUCCUCAGUAACUCCAUCUUCCUCACCAAUCGGCUUCAAUCGACUGUUCAAUACCCGACUCUAUUCAAGGCCUUCAUCGCUUCGUCUGCAAUACUCGUCUCGGCUCGCAAUAAUCUACCACUACGGAAGAAGACGAUACCCAGUUACAAUAUCGCUGCACAAUAUCUCAAUACUUCAAUAUUAGCAAUACCGCGUGGCCAGUUUUGUACUGAAGGGCGAGCAGCACUCCCACAAUUUGGUGCAUCGGUUACCUGCGAACUC